AUGCGAUGUGUUGUGGAGGGUUGAGCCCCGUCGGAGGGCCUAUUUGACGGAAGCGCGGAGGGGUUUGUAUGGUGGCCGGGCUGUUUAGCGGUGGUACGGUCCUGAAUGGAGGAAGUGUUUUCCUGCGGGGUAAACAGUGACAGCUAUAGGGCAGACUCUCUCAGACCCCUAAAAACAAAUCGAAAAUGGAUUCAGACAGUAAACUGGUCGCCCAGCUGAAUUCUGAACUCUACUUCCUAAUCGCCCGCUUUCUACAGUCUGGACCGUGCCAGAACGCAGCAGAGACGUUGAUCCGGGAGGUGGAGGAGAAGGAGCUACUGCCCACACGACGGGACUGGACGGGGAAGGAGCACCCAGGGAGAUACGAAGAUUUGGUGAAGCUGUAUGGCCACAUCAGUCCGGACCACCUGCUGCAGGUGUGCCAGAGGGUGUGUCCUCUUCUGGAGGAGGUGGUUCCUGCCAGCGUCCCUGGGAUCCACAGUCUGCUGGGGGCGGGGCGACAGAGCCUGCUACGUACCAAUAAGAGCUGUAAGCAUGUGGUGUGGAAGGGUUUGGCCCUGGCAGCACUGCACUGUGGUAGGCCCCCUGAGCCGCCAGUUAUCUAUGGGAGCCCGCCCAGCAUCGUGGAGACAGGUCACGGCCGUCGUCUGAUUGGUUCGUACCGACUGGGUCAACUCCUCCCCACUGCGGUCUACUCACACAUGAAGAUGCACAAGAGGAUUCUGGGACAUCUGUCCUCUGUCUACUGCGUCACCUUCGACCGCACUGGACGGCGCAUCUUCACCGGUUCAGAUGACUGCCUGGUGAAGAUUUGGGGGACGGAUGAGGGCCGUCUACUGGCAACGCUGAGAGGACACGCUGCUGAGAUCUCCGACAUGGCCGUGAGCUAUGAGAACACCAUGCUAGCUGCAGGUAGCUGUGAUAAGACCAUCAGAGUAUGGUGUCUUCAGACCUGUGUUCCUCUAGCAGUACUGGAAGGACACUCUGCAUCCAUCACCUCUCUACAGUUCUCUCCUCUGGUCAGCGGUUCUAAGCGGUUCCUGUCCUCCACCGGUUUAUUGUGUUGUACCAUCUGCUUCUCUGGCAGUGGUUCUACGCGGUCUCCUGGGCCUGGUAAGUUCACGGAGCGGUCCAGACCUGGAGUUCAGAUGAUCUGCUCUUCCUUCAGCGCAGGGGGUAUGUUCCUAGCUACAGGUAGUACAGACCACAUCAUCAGAGUGUUCCACUUUGGAUCUGGACAACCACAGAAGAUCUCUGAGCUGGAGUCACACACUGAUAAAGUGGACAGCAUCCAGUUUUCAAACUGCAGUGACAGGUUUGUGAGUGGCAGCAGGGAUGGUACAGCUCGUAUCUGGCAGCUCCAUCAGCAGGAGUGGAGGAGCAUUCUACUGGACAUGCAGGCCAAGUUACCAGGGAAGUACAAUCCCCCUCCGCUGGAGGACAAGGUGACCAAGCUGAAGGUUACCAUGGUAGCCUGGGAUCGUCACGACAACACAGUCAUCACCGCUGCCAACAACCUGACGCUCAAAGUCUGGAACUCCACCACCGGAAACCUCAUCCACAUACUGAUGGGUCAUGAGGACGAGGUGUUUGUCCUGGAGCCACACCCCUUUGACCCCCGCAUCCUGUUCAGCGCCGGGCAUGAUGGGAAUGCCAUCGUCUGGGACCUGGCCCGAGGGGUCAAGAUACGAUCCUACUUCAACAUGAUUGAAGGUCAAGGUCAUGGGGCGGUAUUUGACUGUAAGUGUAGUCCUGAUGGACAGCACUUUGCUGCUACAGACUCACAUGGUCACCUGCUCAUCUUCGGCUUCGGUUCCAGCAGCAAGUAUGACAAGAUAGCAGAUCAGAUGUUUUUCCAUACUGACUACCGCCCGUUGAUCCGGGAUGUUAAUAACUACGUGUUGGACGAGCAGACCCAGCAGGCACCACACCUCAUGCCCCCUCCCUUCUUGGUGGACGUGGACGGGAACCCCCACCCUCCUCCAUACCAACGCCUCGUACCCGGACGGGAGAGCUGCAGAGACCAACAGCUCAUACCACAGAUGGGAGUCACCUCCUCAGGCCUGAACCAGGUGGUCAGUGAACAGGCUGUUGAAGGAGCCUCUCCUCUAGACAACAUGAUUCACAGACUUCAACAGGAGCAGGACCAGAGACUGUCUACCGACACACACAACAGAGAGGUUCACUCCCCCCCCAACGUGGGUCUGCGACGCAGUGGUCAGAUCGAGGGGGUGAGACAGAUGCACAGCAAUGCCCCCCGGAGCCAGAUGGCCACAGAGACAGACCUGGUAGCAUGGAGCAGGAGGGUACUAGUCCCUGAGCUGGGGGACGCUGAGCUCAGGAAACAGCUAAACUGGAGGGAGGCUAAAGGAGAGGAGGAGAUCAGUGUCUACAGAUCAGAGGGGAGGAGACACACUGCCCACCUACACAGAGAGAGCAAGGUAUCCUCUCCAGACUGUGUAGGGGUGGAGGAGGGGAGGAGAAGUCAUGGUAACCAUGGCUACCAGACGCGUGCGGCUGUGGAGGAGACGAGUCGUCACAGCGCUGAGAUUGCUGAUGAUGACGACAACAACAGCAUCUCAGAGGGAGAGGUAGAUGUGCAUCCUAACCCUGUGAAUGGGAACUCUUCAGAGGAGGAGAAGGAGGAAGAGGAGAAGGAGCCCUGGCCUGAAGACCACAGCAGCUCCAGUGACUACUCCAGUGACUACUCUGACUGGACAGCAGAUGCAGGGAUCAACCUGGAACCACCGAAGAAGAGUGUGAAGGUGAAAAAGAAGAGCAGCAGCUCUGAGGAGGAUGGAGAGAAGAAGAGAGAGGGAAAAAGAGACAGGAAGAAAGACAAAGCAGACAAAGAUGGAGCGCUACCAAAGAAGAAGAAGCCAAAGGAGAGGAGGAAGAGGGUAGAGUUCCAGGAAGAGGGACUAACUCUAGAGGAGUGGCUUCCGUCAGCCUGGAUCACAGACACAGUCCCUCGGAGAUGUCCCUAUAUACCACAGAUGGGAGAUGAGGUGUACUACUUCCGUCAGGGUCAUGAGGCGUAUGUAGAGAUGACCAAACAGAACCAGAUCUACAGCAUCAACCCUAAGAAACAACCCUGGCACAAGAUGGAGCUACGGGAGCAGGAGCUGGUGAAGAUAGUAGGGCUAAAGUAUGAGGUUGGUCUCCCCUCUCUCUGCUGCCUCAAACUGGCCUUCCUGGACCCUGAUACUGGCAAGCUGACUGGAGGCUCCUUCUCCAUGAAAUACCACGACAUGCCUGACGUGAUUGACUUCCUGGUUCUGCGGCAGCAGUUUGAUGAUGCGAGAGACCACAACUGGACCAUAGGUGACAGGUUCAGGUCGGUCAUAGACGAUGCCUGGUGGUUCGGGACCAUUGAGGACCAGGAGCCCUUCCAACCAGAGUACCCAGACAGCCUGUUCCAAUGCUACAAUGUCUGCUGGGAUAAUGGUGACACAGAGAAGAUGAGUCCUUGGGACAUGGAGCCUAUCCCCAACGAGGUAGUGUUUCCAGAGGAGCUGGGUCAGAGCGUUCCUCUAACGGAGGAGGAGCAGAGAGAGCUGCUGUAUGUUCCCCUGGAGGGGGAGUGGGGCGCCGCCACGCGGAACCACGAGUGCCAACGCAUCGUCAACGCCAUCGACCAGCUUACCACACUCGAUGUCGCUGUACCGUUUGCCUUGCCAGUAGAUCUCCAGGCUUAUCCUUCCUACUGUACUGUAGUAGCCUACCUCACGGACCUCAGCACCAUACGGUCCAGGCUGGAGAACCGCUUCUACAGGCGUAUGUCAUCGUUGAUGUGGGAGGUGCGUUAUAUUGAACACAACGCUCAAACCUUUAAUGAAACUGGAGCCUUCAUCGUUAAAACGGCCAAGUUCGUCUCUGACCUCAUGCUCAGCUUCAUCAAGGACCCCACUAUGACUGACAUUAUUCCUCUGUACAACAUCAUGAAGAAGACUGCUUUCUCUGACACCGAGGAUGAGGAUGAUGAAGAUGAAGAUACGGACACUCCUGGAACGUCCACACGAAACAGGAAGGGUCGUGGCGUUGGUCUGCAGCAGCUGCAGCGUGGCGGUGGUGUAAGGCGAGGCCGGCCCUUAGACCCCCAGGCCUGGCGGGGGCGCAGCAAGGAGCUGAUAGACCUGCUCUUCCAGUGUGAAGACUCAGAACCCUUCAGACAACCUGUCGACCUGGAACAGUACCCCGACUAUCUGGACAUCGUGGACACCCCCAUGGACUUUGGGACGGUGAGGGGGAUGCUAAGAUCGGGGGAGUACACCUCUCCCCUGGAACUCUACCAGGACGUACGGCUCAUCUUCAGCAACUCUAAAGCUUACACACCCAGCAAGAAGUCCCGGAUCUACAGUAUGAGUCUCCGUCUGUCUGCGUUGUUUGAGGAACAUGUCAACUCCAUCCUGGCUGACUACAAAGCCAUCCAUGGACAGACGGACAGAAAGACGAGACAUAGAGCAGACAGACAGACCAGACACGUGGCGGACAGACAAACCGAAAGACAGACCAGACACGUGGCCGAAAGACAAUCCGACAGACAGACCAGACACGUGGUGGAAAGACAAACCGACAGACAGACCAGACAUGUGGUGGAAAGACAAACCGAAAGACAGACCAGACACAUGGCGGACAGACAAACCGACAGACAGACAAGACACGUGGCAGAAAGACAAACCGACAGACUGACCAGACACGUGGCGGCCAGAGAAACCGAAAGACAGACACGACAAGCUAUGAAGAGGAGGAGGAGUGACUCUCCCUCCAGCAGCGCUGCCUCAAGCCCAGAGAGGAAGAAGCGUGUGUCAUCGAGGGGUGUAUCCAGACUAGAUUCCUUGGCCCCACCCACGGCUCCAGCUGCAGCCCCACAGCGCCCCCCCUCCUUGAGACAGCCCCUCCCCCUUCGACAGCCCCUCCCCCUUCGACAGCCCCUCCCCCUCCUCAAUGGGAAGGCAGAACAGCAGAUCCCCGGACGAACACGCAGCGCCAGGACACACACACCCUCCACAGCCUCCCCUCGUAGCCCCUCACCCCAGGCUACUGCCCACCUGAAUGGCCACAGUAGUCAGGAGACAGUGGGCGUGUCUGCAGGUCGGAGGGGACGGAGACCCAGAGCAGUGACCCCUGAACCCAGUCCUAGCCCUGCCCCCAAGGGUCGCCCUCCCGGCAGGAAGAGAGGCAGGAAGUCCAAACAGGAACUAGAGGCCAUGAGGAGGGGCCUCCGGCGAAGCUCCACCCCAGAGGACAAGCUCAACCAAUCCACAGGCGACGAGGGCGGGACUUCCUCUGCCCAGGAAGCGUCUGUGUUGUCGGGGGCCGGACUUCCAGGAACGCCACGGCGCCGCGGUAGGCCAAGACUGGUCAGGACAGAGAUAGCCCCUCCCCCUUCCAGCCCCGACCCCUCCCCUUCCCCUUUGAGGAGGAGCAGCCGGCGAAUCAACGACGAGAUGACUCCCCCUGCCCAGUCUCUGCAACAAUCACAGCGCGUGAGGGCAUCGCCACAGGACGAAAACGACGAUGAAGAGGAGGAGGCGGAACAGGAAGGGGAGGGGUCAGCGGGAUCGAUGCGUACGCGUAACCGGGGGCGACGGACGGCAUACUACACGGAGGAGGACUCAGAGGAGGAGGAGCAGAGACAACUCCUGGUUGAAGACUCCUCCCUCACCUUCGGCACUUCCUCCAAGGGGCGUGUCCGCAAGCUCACAGACAAGGCCAAGGCCAACCUCAUCGGAUGGUAACCAUGACAACCAACAGCACCGCCAUUAUUAUGGGAUGGUUACGGUAACAAAGACA